UUGUCAAAACUGCAGAUGUAAACAAAAGAAUCGCAGUUUCCCUAAAUUUGUUCUAACUUUUGUGUAAAAACGUAGAAAUUAAUAUUAAAAAAUUGUCUUUUCGUUCUAAAUUGUGAGUUGAUGUAUUGAUUUGACGAUUCAAGUGAUAUAGCGUUUAUUUGUAAAAGGUUUGCUGUACAACUAAGAUCAUCCCAAAAUGGAAUCGCUAGACGUAAUCUCCCAGCGGAUCGAUAACCUGAACCAAUUGUUGGGUCCGUUACCACCAACCGAUGCCCAAGGCGAAAAUCUAACGGACGCCGUCCUGUCGGCGGCAUCAUUUCUGCCAUCGGCCAGUACAGGCCAUCUGGCCGACGGAAGCGCCCGGGAUAACAUCUUGGAAGCAUUCAAACGAAAGGACGAUCUGGAAGCCUACCUGGACCCUGCCUAUCUGGACGAAAAGCAGGACGUCAAGGCGAAGGAAACCUACAUCAACACGAUCGCCAAUGAUCUGGCCGGAACGUUCGAAACGUUGCAGAAGAUAAAGGCGCUGGAACCGACGCUGGGGGCGGAAUACUUCCGGAACUUGCCGGACGUAAGCGAUCAGCUGAAGACGAUGACCACCGGGACGGUCGAGCAGAAGCAAGCGAACGAUCUGCUGGAGGAAAGUUUGGUCAUUGCGAUGCAGCGCUACAGUGAGAUUCAGACAGGAAUUAAGGAAUCGCUGAAGGCGAUGAACGAUCGGCUGGACAUGCUGGAACAGCGGCUGGUCGAUCGGAAGCGGGAAGACAAAGAUGUUUGAAGAUAAGUUUGAUUUCUAACGGUAGGUACAUUACUUAUUUAUUUAUAUUGAUGCAAAUAUAUAAUGUAUUCUUCAUAAUUAGUCCUAAUCUGAUAUGAAAUAUUUAAAACAAUAUCGUUUAUUUGCAAAACAAAAGUUUGGACAUCUGUGACAUACAUGAAUAAACUUGAUAACGCUUCAUAAUCA